AUGUCAAAUAGUGAUACACGAACUUGUGCAUUUGAUUCUAAUGAAUGUAAUGGAAAAAUUUAUAAAGUAGGAGACAAAGUAUCAAUUCCAGAAACUAAUAUUGAACUAAUUUCAUAUGGAAUGUUUCUUUGUACAUUUCAUUAUAAUAAAUUUAUUCUUAAUGAGAACCAUAGAUUGGAUAAAUUGUUGCAAGUUUGUUCUCAUCCAAAGCAUGAGGAAUAUAAAAGUCAAUCAAAAAAUUCAAAUAAAAAACCAAAAAAAUUUAGUCUUGAAAAGGUUCCAAAAAGACUAAUUUCAAUUUUACAAUUAGAUGAAAAUGCUAAAAUUUGCAGUUUAUGUAGAAAGAAAACAGAUAGUGAUCCUGAUUAUACUACAUUAGAAAAAUAUAAUAUACCAGUUUCUAAAAAUAAGAAUGAUAAUAAUAUAUUAAAAAUAGGAAAUCAUACUUAUCCAUUAAGAAACAAUAUUUUCUUAAGUGAAAAAAUUAAAAUAAUGUCAAAUAUUCUUUAUAAAAAUCAGCACCAGCUAAAGCAAAAGCCAAUAUAUGAUUAUACAGUUUUUAAAAUGAUGUUAGAAACAACAGAUGAACAGUUAAUUAGAUUUCUUAAUGAAUUAUAUGAAGGAACUAAUCCUGCUAAUAAAUCAGAAAAAACUAAUAAUAGUAAUAAGAAAAAAUUGGUUUCUCUAUGUUACUUUUUAGCUAGUAUUAAUAAUAAAUAUAUUAAUGGAAUUAAAGUUGAUAUUGGUUCAUAUUUACAAACUUCUGGAGCAUCGGCUGCUUCUAUUGAUACACUUGCAAACAUAGGAUUAUCAGUAUUAAGAAAAACUGUAGAUAGGCAAAAAAAAGUUAUUUCAGAUGAACAUGAACAAUCUGUUGAUAAUUAUUGCUUACAAAAUAUAGAAAAAAUGUUUGUUUUAAAUAUUGAUGAUUAUCAUAACAUUCAUCGUCGUACUACACUAUCAUUAUUAGAAACACAUAAUAUCUUUCAUUUUGUUACAAUUUUAUUAAAUUCUAAUCCCAAUAUUUCAAAAAUACCAUAUUAUUCAAAUAAUAUUUCAUUACAUAAUCCUAAAGGAAUUGACUUUAAAUUAAUUAUUGAAAAAUUUGAAAAUCAUUUUAUGAAUCAAAUAGGUAAAAGUUAUUAUGAACAAAAUGAAUUAUGGAAACAAUUUUUGAUUGAAGAUUCUUAUGAAAAUAGAAUUAAAAACCUUAAUGUACAUAAUUAUGAUGGUCGUAUUCAAAAACAUCAAGAAUUAAGAUCAUUAAAUAAUAGCAAAUUAGUAGAUUUUAUUUUGCACCCAUUACAUAGUAUUAAAGAUUAUAUUGAAUGUUCAAAUGUUUUAUUUAAAGUAUUUGAAAGAAGAGCUAUAACAUUAAGAAUUAAUAAAGGACUUGCAUCUGGAAUUUCAGAACAAAUAUUAAGUUUAAUUCCUAUGAUAGGACCACUUCAUAUUUCUUUAAAUAAUAAAAAAGUAUUAUCUCAGAAACCAAAACAAACUGUAAUUAAUCUUAUCUUAGAUUUAACAUUUAAUGAUAAUUCUAUACCACUUACUUUAGAUAUAUAUGCAGUACUUUUUAGAAGUGGAUAUUUUGAAGGAUAUUUAAAAGGUGUUGUAAGAAUUUGGGUAUUAUUUCAAAGAUUAAGGAGGCGCAAUUACAAUAAAGCACCACUUGUAUUUUUGAGUGAUGUGUUUUAUUGGGAACUUAAUAAUCAUCCAAUGUCUGAUACUUUAAAAAAUAAUUUACCAAUUUUUAAUGAUUAUUUUGUUGAAAACUUCCAUAGUUCUAUUAGAAAUCAGACUGUUGAAUCAAAUAAUGCAUUGCAAAUUAUUCAAAAAGCAAAAAUUAUUGAUGCUGAAAGAUAUAAUAAUUCUUUUAAAGAAUCUUUUAUUAAUUCAAGAAAUCUAACUAUUUCUCAAGAUAAAUUAAAUUAUUUAGAAAAAAAAGUUUCUUUAUUUUUAUUUUCUCUCUUUGAUAAAAUUUAUCAUAAUAUUGGAAAUACAAUUCAAAUUGAUAAUAUUAAAUAUCCAAGUUUUAUACUUCCAAAAAAAUGUUUAUUAUUUAAUAAUAUAGAUUCAUCUGAUAGUAUUGUUUUAAUUUGUGGGCAUGGUUUCCAUAAAGAAUGUUUAGCUUUAUAUAAUGGGAAAUGUAGUCAUUGUUUUAACUAUUUAUCAUUUGGAAUUCAAAAAAAUAUUAACACCUUAACAGCAAGAUUAACUACUGCACUAAAAGAUAAUGAAAUACCUUUAGUUGAAGAGGAAAUGAAUGAUAGUUUAGAUGAAAACAAUGAUGAAGAUAUGCAAAAUAUUUUAGAAAGAUUAGAACAAAAUAUAGAUAAUCAAUUUGAAAUUUUAUAUCAAAAAUGGUCAGAUUAUGAUAGUUUAUAA